AUGGCGCCGCGGCUGAGCCGGGCGUCUCUGGGCGACGCCUGGUAUAACAUGUACUCCCGCCUGCUGCGAACCGAACCUGUGGGCUCCAUGGCCCACGGCUCCGACGACCUCACCGAGCUCGCGGAGGGGCCGGCGGUCGGGCUGGCCAGAGUCCUGAGCACCGUGGACCUGGUGUCGCUCGGGGUGGGCAGCUGCGUCGGCACGGGGAUGUACGUGGUCGCCGGGCUGGUUGCCAAGGCCACGGCCGGGCCGGGGGUCAUCCUGUCCUUCGUUAUUGCAGCGGUGGCCUCCAUACUGUCAGGCGUGUGCUACGCCGAGUUCGGUGUCCGGGUCCCCAAAACGACCGGCUCGGCCUACACCUACAGCUACGUGACGGUCGGAGAGUUUGCGGCCUUCUUCAUUGGCUGGAACUUGAUCCUGGAGUACCUGAUCGGCACGGCGGCGGGGGCCUCCGCUCUCAGCAGCAUGUUCGACUCCCUGGCCGAUCACAGCAUCAGUAACUACACGAUGACACACCUGGGCACGCUCAGAGGACUCGGCCAGGGUGAGGACACGUACCCGGACCUGCUGGCCCUGUUCAUCGCCCUGCUGGUGACGGCAAUCAUCGCUCUCGGUGCGCGUAACUCGGUGGGCUUAAACAACGUGCUCAACGUGGUCAACCUGGUGGUCUGGGUCUUCAUGAUCAUCGCCGGUCUCUUCUUCCUCUCCGCCAGCAACUGGGAAGGGGGCAGGUUCCUGCCCUACGGCUGGUCCGGGGUGAUGAAAGGUGCAGCAACCUGUUUCUACGCCUUCAUCGGCUUCGACAUCAUCGCAACGACAGGAGAGGAGGCGAAAAACCCAAACACCUCCAUCCCAUAUGCCAUCACCGCCUCACUGGUCACCUGCCUCACCGCCUACGUGUCGGUGAGCGUGAUCCUGACUCUCGUGGUUCCCUACGACCUGAUCGACGGCUCGGCUCCUCUCAUGGAGAUGUUUGCGGUGCACGGCUUCCUGUGGGGGAAGUACACCGUGGCUGCGGGCUCCAUAGCCGGGCUCACCGUCUCUCUGCUGGGCUCUUUGUUCCCCAUGCCCAGGAUCAUCUACGCCAUGUCCCGGGACGGACUGCUGUUCAGGUUCCUGUCACACGUGUCUGCGCUCACGCACACUCCCGCGGUGGCCUGUGUGGUGUCGGGGAGCUUCGCGGCCCUCCUCGCUCUGCUGGUGAGCCUCAGGGACCUGAUCGAGAUGAUGUCCAUCGGCACCCUGCUGGCCUACACUCUGGUCAGUGUGUGUGUGCUCGUACUGCGCUACCAGCCGGACGAGCGGACCGACGCACACCGGUUUAACUCUGGGGAGGACGUGGGCGGCCUGCAGCGCCAGGGCGACGGAGCCGCGCCCACAAAAGACGACCAGACGCUGAUGGAGGGCUCAGUCGGUGAGCGGUCGUCGUCCUACCAUGACGGCGGGACUGAAGGAGAGGGAGACGAGUCUGAUUUCCACACAGGCCACGUCUCAUGGUUGAAAAGGCUUCUGGGAGGUCAUUACUACACCCUGCGGCUACGGCUGGGAAUGCCCGACGCGUCGGCCCGACCUACGCCCGCCACUGGCCGCCUAGUGACCCGAUGCACCCUGGGCCUCUUCGUCAUGUCCUUCCUCCUGUGGUCCACUGUCAUAUUUGGUGUCGAGCGGGGAACAGGGGGGGGUUUUUCAGGGCUGAUGGCCAUAAUGAUGGCCGGUUCCAUGACAAAGCUCUUAAUUAUGAUCAUGCAACAGCCAGAGAGCACACGGAGCCUGCCCUAUAUGGCGCCCUGCGUGCCCUUUGUCCCCGCAGCGGCCAUAUUGGUCAAUAGCUACCUCAUGCUCAAACUGUCUCCACUCACCUGGGCCAGGUUCUGUAUCUGGUGUCUUAUAGGUCUGUUGAUCUACGGGGGUUACGGAGUGUGGCACAGCAGGCUGGAGCUCGACGCCCGCGAGCAGCAGGCGCACGCCAGCUCCUACCAGCGCUACGACGACCACCUGGACGACACCUUCGCCCCUGACGACGACCUUUACCCCAAGGAACGGGACGAGGCGACCUACCAGGGCUGGUCUGCCCCGGAGGAGAGGGGAUUCCAAUACCAGCAGCGCAACCAGUACCAACAGGAGAACCGGUAUGAGGACCAAGAGUGGGAACAGCAUGAGAAUAGCGGUGACCAGUAUGGAUACCAGUCUGGACCAGGAGGCCAGUAUACAAGCAGCGGUGGCAGGUCCAGGGGAAGGACCAAUCACGGUUUUGACGCAGGUGAAGAGGAGGACUGAAUACGAUACAAUACAUAAAACUGAGCUGAACAUAUAAAAGAACGAAUAAAAACGUUACGACAUUUUUCUCCUGCUCAUACGAGACGUUAAAUUGAUAAUCUCCCAGUCGUUGUAAGAUUUUGAGUUGAUAUUUACCAGUGAACGCCUCCCCUGGUCUACUCAGUGUUAGCUGUUCCUGUACGAAAACCAGGUCCGGACAUCAGGGGGGCAGAUACGACGCGCACCUCCCCAUCACAGAUGUUUCACCCAAUGAGGCGUCCCCGGGUGUCUGUACCCAGCUCCCUUCAAACACCCUCAACACACCAGCAACCCGACAGCGCCGGUGAACCUGCACCGGCAUCCACCCUGCGUCCCGGCUCUUCCCUUCAGCCCCAGUUUACAUGUUUGCGUGAGACAAAACUUCCCUCUGCAAAGUGACAGUUUAGCAGUGUCUCAAUAUCUUAACUCAAACACACGGUACUGAAGGACUUGGAAACGGGAUCAGGAACAACAACAAAACACGAUCAGCUCAUCCUUACUUCUGCCUGAGCGCUUUGGCUGUCCAAUGAAAGAUGUCAGUAACGGUCGCUUCAGACAGAGGCUCUCUGGCUUAGGGGCCGGUCUCCCGACUCCUUGGGCUCCCGGGCCUGUGCCCAGUCGGCCCAUUUAGAAAUCCAUCUGUUGGCACCGUUCAUUCUCAGCGGAUGUCUUUUCCAGACUGAAAUCUAGAGAAAUCAGUUUGUUCUGGCUUUGUGAGGCUAC